AUCCGUUAGUUAACUGACAUUUAAUAGAAAGAAAUCAAAAACAAACGAAAUUUAAUUGCAUCAAUUGAGAGAACAGGUGAAAAAUGUCAGGUAUUAUUCUAUAUGGCAACGACAUCAGUCCACCGGUCCGGGCAUGUUUGCUAACGCUGAAAGCACUAAAACUGCAAUUUGAAUACAAACAUGUUGAUAUUUUGGCGGGUGAACAAUUAACCGAUGACUUCAUCAAGCACAAUCCACAACACACUGUGCCCACAUUGAAUGAUAACGGCGUCUGGCUGUGGGACUCGCACGCGAUCUGUGCUUAUCUCGUCGACAAGUAUGCUAAAGAUGAUUCACUAUAUCCGCGAGAUUUGGUUUUGCGCGCCCGUGUCCAACAGCGACUCUACUUCGAUGCCAGCAUACUUUUCGUGUCAUUGCGCUGUAUCACGCGACCGAUGUUCAAGAACAAUGUAUCCAUCGUGCCGCGUGAAAAGACACAGGGAAUUAUCGAAGGUUAUACAUUGCUGGAGAAGUUCCUGACAAGUGCUCCUUAUUUAGUAAGCGAUUGUCUGACCAUAGCGGAUUUUUGUUGUGUUGCCACGGCAACGUCACUGGCAGGUGUGAUCGAAUUGGAUGCUACGAAAUAUCCCAAAGUGAGCGCUUGGAUGGAGCGCUUGAAGAAAUUGCCAUACUACGAGGAAGCAAACGGUUGGGGAUGCAAGAGGUAUAUAGACAUGCUUAAGACACGUCUCACUGCAAUUGUGUCCUGAACAAAUAACCAUUUUAUUUACUUGGCUGUAAUAUUGAAAUAAAUGGCGCAUAUUAUGCCCGUAUUAGUGUGAAAACUAAA